CGCAUUCAUUCAUCACCUUCCACACACACAAAUAUGAAAGGACAAAAGAAUCAUUUGGUAUCAUGUGAUGCCAUAACUACAUCAACAUACGAAGAGAGCACCGCAUCAAAGCUGCGAAAGAAACAAAUCUGUAAUCUUAUCGGACAAUACAAAUUGGAUGAUGAAAAAGAAGGCAGAUUAGGUCGAUUAUGCAAUACGGCACAAUGGAUCAUCAAAGUUGCACAAAGUCGUGGUGCGAUGUCAUGUCUGAUGAUCAAAAAUGUCGAUUAUCUUGGACGUAGAGAAGGUGUAUGGGCAAUGUCUGUCAUCACUGCAGAUAAUCAAAAGUUAAAUUUGGCCUUCCCGGGAAGGUGGUUUAAUGAAGUUAAAGAAUACUUUCGACCUCAACAGUACAACCCAUUCAUCUUAUCUGGCGCAGGAGCAAUCAUUCAUCCAAGCAGCGAUAAACUUUCCUUUUCGGCAAAUGCUUGUUGUCUGUAUAUGCUAGACGUUUCACAAUUCAAGAGCGACAAUCAGCAUUCGGCAUGGCACGGCUGGCUUGAUGUCAGUGAAGCAGUCAUAGUAGAAAAGCCAAGCUUGUGCGAAGUAGCAGAAGAAAGAAAAGCGGAUGCGACGGAUGAAGAACCACAACCUGAGAUCUUUUCGACACCCCCGCAGAGUCAACAUCUUUCGCCAUCUGUCAAUCGUCCGCAACAGAAAAGCUUGCCUACACCUCCAGCCGUCGAUGAGAAUUCAAAUAUACAAUCCGACAAUAGGAAACAGAAAGACCAGACAAUUUCUUGCAAAGAAGAGACCGUAUCGCAAAAAAGCCAAGCAAAUCCUCGCAAGGAAGAAUUUCUCUCGCCUAUUUUCUCAACGAAAAGGAAAUCGAUAGACGAAAACGAUCCAUCCAGCCAUCGGUCACAGAAACAGCGUUCGAUUGCCUCAUCGGUAGAGCCUGAUUGGCUCGAUACUCCUGCACCCGUUCGCAUCGAUAGACGUCCGAUGGACACUUUGCCUCUGGACACAAAUACACCAACACCGUCAUUCAAGAAGAGUAGCUCAAACAUAUCAGAAAAGCCUGCGACCUCCAAUCAAUCCAACACGACAGCCAACACUUUCAGAGGAGGUAAGACGAUGUCCAAAAAGGCAAUUGCUGAAGCUCAGGAGCAACGUACUGUAGGGGGAUACUUGAUCACACCAAUCUGUAAAGUGACUUGCAUGUACAAGAAGCAAAACACCUUUGGACGUGUCACUUCAAAUGAACAAAUCAUCAGAGCAGGAAGCGGCACGGGAGAUUAUAAGCUAACGGCGUAUUUGGAAGAUGUUUUUCCGUUACAAGGUUAUAAGCCUUUGAUGACUUUCAAUCUUUUCGAGUCGAAGCAAAGCGAUCUUCCCAGUUGCAAGGCAGGUGAUAUGCUUGCCAUAGUAAAUUUUGCUACAAGAGAAUUCAAUAGUGCUAUCCAAGGAACAGGCUAUAAAGGUAGUACAGGCUGGAUUGUACUUUCAGCAGAAACGGGUAAAUUUCAAUUUUCCAAAAGUAUGGAGAUCGCAAGGCCAAUGAUUCUCUGUGAUGAGAUGCGAACUCAUUUUGACAGAAUGUACAAGAGUAUUGGCACACCUGCUCCGGUGGAAAGUCGAAGACGUAGACAGGCGAAAUUAUCAGAAGUUGAACCAACUGUUUUCUUCAAUGCAGAAGUACAGGUUGUUUCCAUGUGGGAUGGUUUACAGCCUUGCAUUUAUGUUACGGAUUAUACCUGCCAUCCUCGUCUGCCGAUGGCACAAGAUGUUCGAUUGAAUGUGUACACUCAAGAUGAAUUGAAAAAGCAAAUGGAGAGAGAGAGAAACGAAGGCGGUGGCCGAGUGAUGCCAGUGUACGUUUGGGAACAUACAGAUAUUCUUCAGGAUAUUAAAGCUGGAGAUUAUUUAAGCAUGCGUAACGUUCGGCCAAAGUUGAACAAAGCCGAUUUCUUAGAAGGAAAUAUAGGUGACAAGGAUGAUUCUUUGCAUCCGAAUAAGAUCAACAUUUAUAAAAUUGCAGAUGAAGAAAUAAUAAAAGCCAUCGAAGAGAGAAAAGAGGCUUAUCAAGAAGAAGCGGCAAUCUCUCAAGCAGAGUCGAGCUAUCAACAAAGCAGCGCCUCACCUUCAGCCAGUCAAUGACUAUCAAAGCAAUGAGAGCUUUGUAUAUACCCGUGGAAUGAUGCGAAGAGAGAGCAUUAGUCGCUCAUGUAAUUUUGUCCUGUACAUACUUACCUUCUCAA